AUGCGCAAGGCCAUGGGCUUCGCCAAGUACUCGCGGCCGAUCCGCGAGCGCGCCGUCGAGGACCCGCGCUUGAACUCGCUCGUCCGCGCGCUCCUCGGCGACGCCGACUUCGAGCUGUACCAGGACAUGGCCCUCCUGAAGCCGCCCGGCGGCGGCCGCGAGAAGCCGUGGCACCAGGACGCGGCCUACUUCAACCUGGCCGCGGACGCGCGCGUCGUCGGCUGCUGGAUCGCGCUGGACGCCGCGACGCCGGACAACGGGUGCCUCGUCUUCGAGCGCGGUGGCCACGCGCGCGGCGAGCUGCCCCACUUCCCCGUGCGCGACUACCAGCUCUGCGACGCGGAGCCGCGGCGCGACGUCGUCGCCUGCCCGCUGCCGCCCGGCGGUUUGGUGCUCUUCCACGGCCGCGUCCCCCACGGCACGGCGACGAACGCGUCGCCGCGGCCGCGG